CUGGCAAAAGGCUAAAACUCCAAGUAGGGGUAAAGUGGACCAUUUUCCAUUUAGAUAUUUAGCCUCUCGUUUCGAAAAAACUAGCCUAAAAACUAAAAAAUGUGAAGUCUGAAUCUGAAGGAACACGCCUGUCUUCCUGAGCAGUUUUGUUAUUAGUUCAUACUUAUUUUUAGGUCACUAGUGUAAUUAUUUUUUAUUGCUAACCUCACAGUUACCGCCCUCUAUUGCAUCUAAUGAUUUCUUGUAUGUAGUAAACCUAUAGGUAGUUUCUGAAUAGGCCUUAGAAAGUUAGAAAGUCAAACUACUGUGAUAAAAUGGGUCUGGAAAAGUUUGUAAUAGUAUUUGAUAGUCCUACAAAUGCUUAUUAUGCUGGACAAAAUGUCACGGGACAAGUACAGCUAUUACUGGACAAGCCAAAGAAAAUACGAUCUUUGCAGAUAAAAUUCCUGGGGAAGGGAGAAGUGAAAUGGACAGAGAAUGAGGAAGUAAGACAGAAUGAUGGCAAUACGCGCUCGGAAAAUGUAGUCUACUCAUCUGAUGAGGAGUAUUACACUUUCAAGUAUAACUUGGCUGGAGGAGCAAACAGUGAGCUAGAGCUACCAGCCGGCCAACACAACUACACGUUUGCGGCCAGCCUUCCGCCUCUGCUUCCCUCGUCCUUCGAAGGCGAGCACGGCCACGUGAGGUACUCGGUGACGGCCACACUUGACCGACCCUGGAAGUUCGAUCAACAUGCCACUGCUGUAUUCACCGUCGUCACGCCCAUUGACCUCAACUACAACAUACAUGCCAAGGAGCCGGUGAAGAUGGAAGUGGAGAAGUCGUUCUGCUGCUGCUGGUGCAAGUCGGGUCCACUGCAGCUGGUGCUGGCCAUGCCUCACUCUGGAUGGGUGCCCGGUCAGUCCAUCCCGCUCACCCUCGAACUGGACAAUGCCAGCAAUGUCACUGUCAACAAUCUUAUCGUCAAUCUCGAAAAGGCGGAGGUGGGCGGUUGCCAUAGCAACCUGACAGUGGAAGUGCCUGUGUUUGUGGGGACGGUGCCUGUCUACGAGGCGCCCUUGGCAGGGCCAACUGACGCCCCUUCUGCACCCCCGGCCGCCCCAGGCGUCGAUGCGCCUAUCGGAUUUAAUUUGGACGGCACCCAAUCGCUUUAUCCGUCUAUAUCUACGCCGCUACUACCAACCCAAACAGAUGUCUCAGCAGCUCAAUAAAUUGAAUUUCAUCCUCUAAGCUAGUGACCCCCUGGGUUGGAAAACUCGCUCAUGAACUCUUGUAUUGCAAUCUUGAAUCCGCAACUUUUACCUCCUACCAUGGUAUCAUACUUUUUAAUAAUUGAAUUAAUUAAAUUAAUCUGUUGAAGCUGAAUUUUUAAAUUCUACCUGGAGAAAAAAUAUCAUAAACUUAUGCAACUUUUCUCCUUGAUUCUUCUAAAGCCUUAACAACUACAGAUGUCAAUCAUUCAAGUUAUAAAACUUUCCUAUUUCACCUUGGAUGUCAUGACAAAAUUUGUAUCGUUAAAUUUCGGUUCUUAAAUUAUAAUAUAAUUGCUUUAAGUAUUUUUCCAUGUUUUCAAUUUGAUUUGAAAGAUGGUUCAUUAACUAAGUUAAUUUUUGCUGUUAUCCUUGAAAGAUAUGAUUGAACAACUACUCAGAUGUCAUCAUAAGGUUGUCAACUGCAUGUCCUUGAGGUUUCAAGCAGAUCAACUCGAGUCGUUUUUGAGUAGUAAUAUUUGUCUCGUAAUUUAUUGAACGUCCCUCGUACUUGAAAUUAUACUGACAUUGUUGCCAUACUAAAUAAAUAUAUAAAUACAAUCUAAUAAUUAAUCAGAUAAAUAUGAUCAAUCUAAUCAAUACAAUCAAAUAAUCAUGUUAUCUCAUAUUAAUUAUAUUGUCUUCCUAAACAGAAGUUAUUUAUUUCAAUGAAAUAGGAGUACAGUAGUUAAUUUUUAGAAAGGCUGCUAAAAUUAUCAGCUUUCUGUAAAAUGUGUCAAAUAUAAUAGUUUUUGUAAAGAGCUGCUAAAAGUCACUACCAAAGUAUAAUAAUUCAAAUUAUAGCCUAUAUUUUAUUGAUAUAUACUGACAAUUGAAUAUACAGGUAUAAUAGACGUGCUUGAAAAUUUUAUAUUAUUCUUAUAUAUUUCAUAGAGUCGCCUUCAAGCUAGAUAUAAGGAUAUUAAUUUUCAUGUAUAAGAAUGUUUUAUUGAAUUUUAAGUUUGAAAGUGCCUGCUAUUUGUUAAACUUUUUAAUAUUAUCAUACGCACAACUGUUGAAUCUCGUCCAAGAAUAAAAUAUAUAAUGUAUCGUAGAGGGAAGUCGUAUUUUGCCCCUAGAGAAUAAUGUUUGUAAACUUUUUCAAGAUAUACAUUUACAAUGGUAGGAUAGACCUACCUACCUAAUUGUUUACGUUUGCCCUAUUUUAUUAUUUGUUUGAUAAUUUUAUAUUUUAUUGGAAAUUGUGCGAAUUUCACUAUUAUGUUUGUAUUCUAUGUAUUAAAAAUGUAAAUCAAGCUAUUAUGUGUUACAAUUAACGUAAACUGUUUCCCUUAAAUGUUUGGAUACGACUAAUAAAGAUUGUGCUAUUUAUUAAA